AUGGGUAGACGUGCCAAGAAUAAACAAGCUCCACCACAACCUUUGGAGGACUUCCAAAAUGAAAGAAAGAAGAAGGAAGAGAAGAAGUUAAAAAGACAAAGAUCAGACUCUGUGAGUGAAGAGAAACCAAGUAACAAGAAAAAGACUAGUAAGAAAGAUAAAAUAAAGGAACCAAAAGAAGAUAAGAAGUCCAAGAAAUCAAAAUCUACUAAAGUAAAGAAAGCCAAGGAGGAUGUGAAAGAGGAUAACUUACCAGAAGUUGAUUUGGAAGCCCUUGCGUCUGCUAAGAAGUCUUUAUUCGAUGACGAAUCUGACUUGGACAAUGAAAUCGAUGAGUACAAUGAAGAUGAUCUUAAUAAUGAAUUCAACGUUGCCAGUGAUGAAGACAGUGACGUUGAAGAUGUUGAAGUUGAAGAACAAAAAGCAACAUUGUUCAGUGAUGAAGAAAACGACGAAGAUAUUGAAAACUUGAAAGAGUUGAAUGAAUUGAGUACACAAAAAGCGCUCUCAAUGUCAGGUAAACCCGGUGCUGAUAGUGAUGACAGUGAUGAAAGCGAAGAUGAUGAUGAGAGUGACUUCGAGUCUGCCGAAGAGGAAGUGGUAGAAGAAAAUCCAAGAGCCAAAGUUUUGCCAACUGAAGAAGAAAAAGCCAAAGAAAUCAUGGAAGGAGGUGGUAAGCCUGAUGUUACCAUUCUUCGUACAAGAAUGAUUGAACUCACCAAGGUUUUGGAAGAUUUCGGUAAUUUGGCCGAAGAAGGAAGAUCGAGACAAGAAUAUGUGGACCAAUUAUUGGAAGAUAUUUGUAAUUAUUUCGGAUACUCGCCUAUGUUAGCUGAAAAGAUGUUCAAUUUGUUCAGUGUCAGUGAAGCUAUGGAAUUUUUUGAAGCCAACGAAAUUUCAAGACCAAUUACCAUCCGUACCAAUACCCUUAAAACCAGUCGUCGUGACUUGGCUCAAGCAUUGGUCAACAAAGGUGUCAAUUUACAGCCUAUUGGUAAAUGGACCAAGGUUGGUUUGCAAGUUUUUGACUCUCAAGUGCCAAUUGGGGCUACUCCAGAAUAUUUAUCCGGUCAAUAUAUCUUACAAGCCGCUUCGUCUUUCUUGCCAGUCAUGGCCCUCGGUCCUCAAGAAAAUGAACGUGUCUUGGAUAUGGCUGCCGCUCCAGGUGGUAAGACUACUUACAUUUCCGCAAUGAUGAAGAAUACCGGUUGUGUUUUUGCCAAUGAUGCCAAUAAGGCCAGAACCAAGUCUUUAAUUGCUAAUAUCCACCGUUUGGGAUGCAAGAAUACCAUUGUUUGUAAUUACGAUGCUAGAGAAUUUCCAAAAGUGAUGGGUGGUUUCGACAGAGUGCUAUUAGAUGCACCAUGCUCAGGUACAGGGGUCGUUGCUAAAGAUGAAUCUGUGAAAACAUCCAGAACUGAAAAGGAUUUCAUUCAAAUUCCACAUUUGCAAAAACAGCUACUUUUAUCCGCCAUUGAUUCCGUAAAUGCCAACUCAGAAACCGGUGGGGUCAUUGUUUAUUCUACCUGUUCUGUUGCUGUUGAAGAAAACGAAGCGGUUGUGGACUACGCAUUGCGUAAGAGACCAAAUGUGAAAUUGGUCGACACCGGCUUGGCCAUUGGUAAAGAAGGGUUCACCAGUUUCAGAGGAAAACAUUUCAAUCCAAAGGUGAAAUUGACCAGAAGAUUCUACCCACAUGUUUAUAACGUCGAUGGUUUCUACGUUGCCAAAUUCCAAAAGAUUGCUACUAGUGUUCACGAUGACAACAAGGCCAGUGCUGCUGAAAAGGAAGCUUUGGCUAGAGCCGACGAAGAAGAAGAAAGUCUUAUCAAGGGAGAUUUCGCCUCAUUUGAAGCUGAAGAAGAUCAAGGGUUCAUUGAAAAGAACAAAAAGGUUCAGCUGGACAAGAGAGCAAGAAAGAUCAGACCGAAGAAAUAG